AAUAGGGAUGCCAAAGGAAAAAUAUGAUCCUCCAGAUCCUCGCAGAAUUUAUACCAUCAUGUCAGCAGAGGAGGUAGCCAAUGGGAAAAAAUCUCACUGGGCAGAAUUAGAAAUCUCGGGUAGAGUGCGGAGCUUAAGUACAUCACUUUGGUCAUUGACACACUUGACAGCGCUGCACCUAAAUGACAAUUACCUUAGUCGCAUUCCACCUGAUAUUGCCAAGCUUCAUAAUCUGGUUUACCUGGAUCUAUCAUCCAAUAAACUCAGAAGUUUACCAGCAGAACUAGGAAACAUGGUGUCUCUCAGGGAAUUGCUUUUAAAUCACAAUAUGUUACGGGUUUUGCCUUAUGAACUUGGUCGGCUCUUCCAGCUACAAACUCUAGGUUUGAAAGGCAAUCCUUUGUCACAGGAUAUUCUCAAUUUGUACCAGGACCCAGAUGGAACCCGAAAGCUACUGAAUUUCAUGCUUGACAAUCUUGCAGUUCAUCCAGAGCAGCUUCCUCCGAGGCCAUGGAUUACGUUAAAAGAACGAGACCAAAUUCUGCCAUCAGCAUCAUUCACGGUUAUGUGUUACAAUGUUUUAUGUGACAAAUACGCUACCCGGCAGCUAUAUGGCUAUUGCCCAUCCUGGGCAUUAAACUGGGAAUACAGGAAAAAGGGAAUUAUGGAAGAAAUUGUUAACUGUGAUGCAGAUAUCAUUAGUCUUCAGGAAGUGGAAACAGAGCAAUACUUCACUCUCUUUCUGCCAGCAUUGAAGGAGCGUGGAUAUGAUGGAUUUUUUUCUCCAAAGUCACGUGCCAAAAUCAUGUCUGAGCAGGAGAGAAAGCAUGUGGAUGGUUGUGCAAUAUUCUUCAAAACAGAAAAAUUUACCUUGGUGCAGAAGCAUACAGUAGAAUUUAACCAGGUGGCAAUGGCUAAUUCAGAUGGAUCUGAAGCUAUGCUGAACAGAGUGAUGACUAAAGAUAACAUUGGUGUCGCUGUGGUAUUAGAGGUCCACAAAGAACUAUUUGGAGCAGGUAUGAAGCCUAUUCAUGCUGCAGAAAAACAGCUGCUUAUAGUGGCAAAUGCCCACAUGCAUUGGGACCCAGAGUAUUCUGAUGUGAAACUUAUCCAGACCAUGAUGUUUGUCUCAGAGGUUAAAAACAUUCUGGAAAAAGCCUCGAGUAGGCCUGGCAGCCCAACUGCAGACCCUAAUUCCAUCCCGCUGGUGCUAUGUGCAGAUCUUAACUCAUUGCCUGAUUCAGGUGUUGUGGAAUAUUUAAGCAAUGGAGGAGUAGCUGACAACCAUAAAGACUUCAAGGAACUAAGGUACAAUGAGUGUCUUAUGAACUUCAGCUGCAAUGGAAAGAAUGGAAGCUCAGAAGGGAGAAUCACACAUGGCUUCCAACUUAAGAGCGCCUAUGAAAAUAACUUGAUGCCUUACACCAAUUACACCUUUGAUUUCAAAGGUGUGAUUGACUACAUUUUCUAUUCCAAGACUCAUAUGAACGUGCUUGGUGUCCUGGGGCCUUUAGAUCCUCAAUGGCUGGUUGAGAACAACAUCACUGGGUGUCCACACCCUCACAUCCCUUCAGACCACUUCUCACUGUUAACACAACUUGAACUCCACCCUCCAAUCCUGCCUCUUGUCAAUGGUGUUCAUUUGCCUAAUCGGAGGUAGUGGAGUACUGCCCCGCAAAGACGGGGACCUGUUGCUAUGGACCUGUACAGUUGUAAAUCAAAGUAUGUAGGAGUGAAGUAUGGCCAUCCUAAAGCUGCUUCUUCAGGUUCCUUUCAUUAUGUGUUUGCUAUAAGACUUUGUACAUUUUUGUGCAUACUGAUAUCAUUUGGCACUAGGGCUGGAAACAGAAUAGUACUAUCCAAAAUUUUAAUUUAACAUGUUUUUAAAUUGGACUUUCUUCAUAAUUAUAUUGUCAGUACUCAUAAUUGAUAAAUCACCAAUUUGAAGCCCAAGAACAGUGUAUUUGCUUUCUUAAAACACAUUUUUAUGAAUGGUUUCAAAUGAGCAAAUUAUUGCAUAGAAGGAAAUUUUUAAAAAUUAUAAAUAUAAAUUUUAAAUUGAAUGAUGGCAUACCUUGCAGGGAAAAAUUUCUUGAAAUUGUUUUUCUUUAUGAUAAAUUGACUUUUGGCUGCCCAAGUUAUUUGCACAUUAACAAAGCACUUAAAUAUUCUUGAUCUGUACAUAAACUAUAAUAUAACCUCUAGGUGUAAGAAAAUUUUGAGAAAUUAAAAGAUGAUUGCACGAUAUGCCUUCAAAAUCAAGCAUCUAAUAGCACAUGACAGUUUGUUGGAGAUUCACUGGUUGCUUUGAGGAAUCACUUUUUUUGUUUCCCUGUUUAGUUAUACCCUUUUUAGAAGUAUUCCAAGCUUGUCUCUUCAGUUCAUUGUAGAGAAAUAGCAAGUAAUCUACUAACACACAUUUUAAAAAUAGAAUUUGGUAUAUUUAAAAUGCCCACAAAAUUUGUGUCUGAUAUUUUUCAUAUUCUUGUCUACCUUUGUGUAGGAAAAAGAUACUAUAUGAUCUAUAUCAUUUUUUGCCAUUAUAGUCAAAUGUUUAUCAAACUGCUAAAAGAAGACCUGAUCAGAAUUUCAGAAGGGGAAAGCCAUACAAAUAUUUCAUGUGUUUCCCCAAGUAAGUAAGUGUCUGUUGGUUUGGGGUUGUUCAGAUAACAGUGGAAAAGAUUUGAAGGAGUGAAAAAAUAGAUUUGAGGGCAGUAGUUGAAAACUGUGGAUCAUUUUUCCGGACUCUAGCUGCCAAAUGGCCAUCAUAUGCUUUUAAUCUUUAUUUCUAUUGUCUGUCAGGGUUGAAUUAAGAAGCUACUGGUUUAUUCCCAAUUGUUGAUGCCUUUAGAUAUGUUAGCUUUUUUUUUUUUUUUUUUGUGCCCAGGAGAGGCCAUUUUAAAAUCGGUGGCUCAAAAGGCAGUGAACAUGACACUGCUUUCCGGGGAAAAAAAUUGGUUGCCUAUUUGAUGUUAAUUAUGGCACAAUAACAGGAAAAGGUUGUGUCUGUGUUUUUAAGUUUUUCUUUAUUCUGCUUUUUUGCUGCUAUAAGAAUUUUCUGAAAUUUAUAUUUUAAACUUUUCAUGCACUUUACUGUUUCUAGUCUCAAAGUGUGAUAUUUUGAACAAAUUUUCCAGUAUGUGAAUGAAAUUUUAAAAGAAAUAUCCUAUAUUUGUGUCUCACUAAUUAUAUAAAGUAUAAGUCAAAUCUAAAUUAUUUAAUUAGUUUUAAAUAUAUACAAUUUGUCUCCUCUCUCAAACCUGACAUGCUAGCUUGUUUUAUUAAUAUUAAAUGAUGCAUUUCAUUUGGUCAUUUCAUACUAAUUUCUUGCAUAAAUCAAUCAGGCUAUAUAUGAUAAAUAUUUCCCUAAAGGGUAAUUUUAGUGGAAUGAGGGUGGUGGGAUGAUGUAAUAAGUAACAUGUUUGAGAUUGUAUCAGAAAGGUUCUGUGAAGCCUAAACCCUAAAUUCCCCUUUAAAAGUGCCUAGUGAUAGAGGCGUUGUUUGUCAUCUAUUAUAAUUGGAAUGUCGUUGUAGUUCAGUGAAAUUUGUUGUAAAUAAAAUACUCUUUUAAGUAUCUUAAAGUAUCAGAAUAAAAA